UCUGGCUCUCCCUGCGCUAGUUGAGCUGUCAAGCCAUGCAGGGUUGACGGCUGGUGGGGGACCAGCUGAGACCACCCAUGGCCAUCUCAAGGGCUUGGAGCAGGGACGGGGAGGAGGGGAAUGUGAUGGGGUCUGCCCAGGCACUUCGCUCAGGGAUGGGAUGCUGAACAUGGAUGUGAGCUCCUCUCCUGGUGGGGCUGUGACAGUGAGCAGAGGGGAAGGGGACAGAGGCCCGCAGCCUCCCAGGGGCUUCAUAUCCUCCCCUAAGGUGCAGGAGCUGGGCUGAGUGUUGGGCUCUGCACCAUCCCAAGGGGCUUCCCGUGGCUUCCCAGCCCCUUUCAUGCUCCCACUCCCCGAGCGCUGGCCGAGCUGGCAGGGGGCUGGUGGGCUGUGGCAGCCCUUGGGGGUUACAUGCUCUGGGGAGCUGCAUGCCCCUGGAUUUCGGAGCAGGGAGCAGAGCAGAGCUGGGUGAAGGGGCGUUUGGGGGAAGGAGAUUAUGGGGAGGAGGAAGGUAAUGCAAAUUCAUUGUUUCUCAGGGAAGCAGCUUUCAGGCAUAAGGUGCUUUGUCAUGAGAGAUCUCGGUGCAGCCACUGAUUCCUGCCGGUCAGGAGCCCAUUGGGGCUUGCAGAGCUGCCUUCUGCUAGGGCAUUAAUUCUGCCUAGGGACUUAAUGAGCCACCACGGCUGUGAAAGCAAACUGCUCUAGAGUUUCCACUUGCAGCUUCAUAGGUGCCACAUGACUUUACAGAGUUCCAGGUGGUGCAAAGCGUGGGGCAGCAGCACUGAGGUGCCUGUCCCCAUGGGAGCUUCAAGCACAGCUCCCUGCAAUGUGUUUUCUGUCUGGGACAGUGCUCAAGGGUCCCCCUUCCCUAUUCUGCGUGGUGCAUGUGGCCAGCAAGCCCAGGAUGGCUGGGUCUCAACAUCAUGCGGGGCACAGUGGCAUUCCCGCUGGGAGAGAGGCUGGGCGAGGGCUCUGCUCCCAGUGGAGCGGCUGAACGUCAUUUCUUGGCAUCAUGGACAUCUUUCCCUUGCAAGCAUGGGAGGAAGCAGAGGGGUUUGCUUUGCCUGUGCGGCGGGAGCGUGGCCGCCGUCAGGAGCACUGCGGGGAGCGCUGCGGUGGCAGGCGGCAGCGGGUGGCUUGGUAAUCGACACUGCAACAGGCUGAGAUGCCAAAGCAAAAUGUCUUCAAAUUAGCAGUAAUUGCCAGCGAAAUAAAGAGCAUGUGGGGCGAGUGGAAAGACGGUUCUAUAAAUAUUAUGAUUUUUAAAGUUUGCCCUGGAGUCCUACAGCCUGUUUAAACGCUAAUAUCCUGUCUGUGCAUUUAAAAAGCCUUAUAAUGAGGAUUGAGUGUCUGCUUCCAGACCACCUCCUGCCUGGUGCUCUCCCACUGCCCACAUCACCUGUCUGCCCCUCCUGGUGGCAUUUCAGGACAGGCUUCCCCGUGCCCAGAACCAGCAGUGCCCCACAUGCCCCUGCUGUCACCCAUGCUUGGAGAUGCUCUAACCCUCUGGGCAGCCUCAACUGUCCCAUCCUGCCCCUUGCACUGGUGUCCCAUGGGCUGCUGCCAAAGUCCCCAGCUGCAGUCUGCAAGGCCAGCGUGCAGCAUUGGACCAGCUCAGGGGAUGCGUUUUCUUGGGAACCCCUUGUCAGGCAGUGGGUCUGAUCUCAGGGAAGCAGGGGACUCUGGGAAUGCAGCGUUUCAGGUCCCCACAUCUGCAGUUGCUUGUUCUUUGCAUAACCCUCCAUCAUUCCUGCAUCAUCCUCCAUCCCACACUGGGCCCUGUGGUGGCCAUGGCUCUGGCCCUGGCAGUGCUGGUGUGGCACACCCUGCCGAGUUCAGCGCAGUUGUUUUACCUGCUGCAGCUCUGCUGGCACUGUCCACGCAGCCCAUGAGCUUGAGGUGCUCAGCAGCAUCUGUUCCGCCACAGUUCUUCUGCCUGCAUGUUAAUUCUCAUUAAAUCUAGGGAGCCUAAUUGCUAUUUCAUGUAAAUAUUUUGUCAAGUGAAAGGGCUUUAGGAAGGGCCAUGCUGACUGAAGGCGAGAAGCCAGGCUCUCUCACCGCUGUGGUGACAAGCUCCUGCUUGUCCUGCUCAAACACGGGUGUAAACCCUGUCCCUGUGGGAGCCGCUGCGUGUCCCUCAGUGGGCUCAGAGCUCAGAUGUGAUGGGACACUGGUAGGUGCCUGUGCACUGUUUGCUUGUGCCGCAUGACAGGGGCACUGGCCUCCCUCCUCACACGUCUCACAGGAUAGCUGCAACCUGGGCUCCGCUCAGUGGCGAGCACCAAGGGUCCUGAGGCACUGCCUGCAUGGGCUGAAGGGCAGUGGAGGGAUGGCACAAGGGGCAGCAGUAUGUCCCUGGGUGCUGGCCCAGCCGUUCUCCUGCUCUGCAUGGUGCUGGCAGCUCUGGUCAGAGGUUGAAGUGUCCCCAGGACCCCCUUCCACCCCCCCCUCAGUGGGUGAGGAAAGUUUCAGUGAGGUGCUGUUUUUUCCUAGAUUCCAUUAAACUUUCAUGUGCUUUCUCUGCAUUUCUGCUCCCCUCCUGGCUGCUACAGCUCUCAGAUACUUGCUGUGUGUUGGUCACAGUUCCCUCCUCACUUGGUGACAUCAUACCUGGGUGCUGACGUCACCACCCCUGCCUGCGAUCUGUGACCUCAUGGCAGCUGUGGCAGGCGGGGAGGUGGCAGCUGGGGCAAAGGCAGGGUCUGGGACAGCAGCAGUGAGAGUGCUGGGAAGCCACAGAGUGGGGAUUUUCAGUACAGUCUCCGGCUUCUUUGGGAGUUCAGGCACUGACACCUCGAGAGCCACUGGAGGAGAAGGAGCAGGGGAAGAUGGAAAGGCGGUUUAACUGGGUGCAGAGGAGCUUGGCCAGACUGGGGCAUUCUCCCCAACAUCCCACCUGUGCUUCCUGGAGGUCCUUGCACCCUGAUUGCAAUGUCCGUAUUGGGUUCCAAUGCACCUGCAGUUAGUUUAAACUCUGUCUUUCAGAGAUGAAGAAACCAGCAUUCUGAAGGUGGCUGUGUGGCUGUGUUGCAUUAAAGGGGAUGGAGUAAUUUAGCAGAAAAUAACCCCACCCGCACCCCACCCUGCCUUCCAACUCUCCUCAGGGAUGUAGGAGGUUAGGUGGGCUAGGUUUCCAAUGCGCCCCUAUCAGUCCAGUCACGUUUAACUACCACGGUUCUGGAUACACUGAUAGCACCUGCACUGCCAGUCCAGCCAUGCUCAUGAACUAGCACGGCCACGCUCUAGGGUUUGGUUGUCCGACCAGCUACUUAACAGGGCAGGUUUAUUUGUGCAACAGAUGAGACAGUUUUUUGGAUUGCCGGUGACAGUGACUGUCUGCAAAGGGCACAUGCAAAUAAAAUGUUACGAAGUAUAAAACACACGGAAAAGUUACAACGAUACAGCCUGGCUACAAAUAUUAAAAAGUAACUCUCUGGAGAUAUUUCUAAGUCUCCCGAGGAAGCAUUAGUCCAGGUGUCACCUGAGGUGUCCCAAGCGGGGAGAAGCAAAGCUCAGCCCGUCGGCCGGUCCCAGGAGUCCGUCUCGGUGGUGUCUUCCCUUCACUUGUUCUCAGUGGUGUCUUCCCCCCUUGUCCCCUCAUUCAUUCACUUUUUAUACUUCUCUUUGCUCUCAGGUGGAGCUUGGGCGACUCUAGUCAUACAUUCCUUCAUUAUGAUGGGUGUAAAGUUCUCUUGGUUUCAUUUAAAGGUAGAGUUCAUUUUAAAUUUACUGCACAUGCUCCCCAAGGGGGGAUUCAUUCUUGUCAGUGGGGCCAUUUGAGUAGGAGAUCACGAUCUCCCCCUACCAUAAUUAUUUUACCCUAGCAUCCUUGAAUUUUCUCUCUUCAGCAGUUUGUUUUCUUUUAGCAGUCAGCACAUCCUCAUCAGAAGGCUUUGGAAGUGCUGAGGGGGCCUAGUUCGGGACCUUCUGUCGCAGAUAAUAAGGCUCUUGCUUGGUCGUCGCCACAGUUGUUGGCCCAGCAACAGACACCUUCUCAUAUAUUUUACAGCCGCUGUGCAGCUUAUCAGCUGUUUGGUACCAUCAUGUUCCCAGUCCUGCAGGGAGCACGGCAGAGCCUGGCCUCAGUGUCUCCGCUCCACCCUCCACUGCUUCUCUAGGACAGCAGGUUGUGUCACUUGGGGAACUGCGGUGAUGUAGAUUCCGUGCAUGCCAACUGUCCUGAAGGCGAUAGCUGUAUUUUACCCUAAAAAGCUUUCUGUAAUACUACACUUCUAUUAGGACCCAAUUUUUCUCUAAUUCCCCCCCUCAAGGUGACUUUCCCACAUGCUGUCUCCAGAGAUAGGGGAGUGAGUGUGUGGGGAUUCAGGGCAGCACGUGGUGCUGGGACAGUAUGAGCAGGAACUGUGACAUGGCCAGGGCUGGCGAUGCUGGUGGCAGGAGGAAGCAUUUUGGUUUGUGCUGUUGCCAGUGUUGGGUGCUCUGUGCCAGCAAGUCCCAUGGUCGGGCGACCCUGCCUGGGAACGCUCAGGGUGCACAGCCUCCAUAGCCUCCUGCUCCUCCCACUCUCCUUGGUACUGGGAGAGGCAUCCCUGUCCCAGUCCAGUCCCAGCAAAUCUGGAUGCUGCCCCUGCACAGAGGGGCCAGGAGCACCUUGGUCUCAGGCAGAGGGAGCAGCAGCACAGUGAUGGCGUGGACGUGGCUGGGGUGGUGGGUAGGGACCUCUCUGCGAGGCAGAGCCUGCUGGCACAUGGUGCUCUCACCUGUCACCUCUGUUGGUUCCUUUUUGUUGUCCUGAUCUGUGCCCAGCACUGGGGUGCUCCCUGCAGCUGAGCCAACAGGGGUGCAAGAUCUUCCCCUUGCUUCACAGCAGCCUAGAUCCAUCAGCGCCUUCAUCUAAUCGCUUUAUGUCUAUGACUAACUGCUAAUGAGCUUUUAAUUAAUGAAUGCCAUGGCUUGGGGGCAUUCUGGAGUGGGUGGGAGGAGAGGACUAGAUGGGUGCCCUGCUUGCUGGGUGCUGCAGGGCUGCUGGUAUUGCAUUCACAGGCUGACGCCCAGGAGGCUGGGAGCACCCAGCCUUGCUGGUCCUCACAGCAGCGACUGCGCCUCGGCCUGACCUGCAUCCCCUCUUGGCAGCUCUCCUGAGCAGCAGCAUCUGGGCUUGUGCCUCAGCUUUGUGCUGUGGGAGCGUGCUGGGGGAUGCGAUGGGGUCCUGUUAAACAGUUGCAGCGCCUGAGGCAUCUGGCCCACCUGUGGUUGUGCAUUGCGGCCUCAUGGCAGAUCCAUGGACCACUGCGUCAUCCCACUCUGCCAGGAGAGGAUGUGGGAUGGCAUCCCAAUGAGGACUGCAGUGCUGGGGGAUGUGAUUUCCUAUCGCAUCCCGUGUGGGGAGUGGGCCACGGUCUGGACAUGGUGCCGGGGGCAGCCCUUGGCAGGCAGCGGCUCUGACAUGUGCUCAGGCUUGGUGCAAUGUGUGCGGGGGGCCCUUGGAUGUGUGGGACAUGCCGCAGCCGUGCCACGUUGCCAAUCUGCACAGUACCACAUGCUCAGGCAGGCUCAGGGGCAGACCUCGGAGCCCUCAUUUCUGCUGGGUAGAGUUUCCAAAUGGUGGAGGCUAGUGUGCCUCAGAGGGGAGCUGAGCACCCAGCAGUUCUGGCAUCUCCCCAGGAGCGGGAGCCGGCAGCACUGCACCAGCAGCACUGCACCGGCUGCCUUGGGCACCUCCCAGCAGCUAUCUGCUGCUGGGCCAGCUCCCAGCCAUGCAUGGCCAGUACAUCCCAGCUGCCUGAGAGCAGUGCAGAGCAUCACGCUUUCCCCAACGAGUUCCCUUGGCAGUUCAGGGGGUGCGUGCCCAUCAGGCAUCCCAGCACAGGCUCUGCCUCUCAGCCCUGGUGCCCCACUGGGUUCCAAACCAGUGGCCGAGGCUGCUUCUGUCCUGGUGCCACGUUAUUCUCCCCCUUCCAGAAAACAAAACGAAGGAGCCCUCGAGGGUUCAUUUAAAAUAAAUAAAAAACGAAAAUAGUGCUGAUUUGAAGGAAAGCCAACCCCAUCCUGUGCAUGGGAGCGCAUCACCAACCCAUCCCCGAAGGGCAGAGAGAAAGAUGUGCUUAGAACUGCAGCCCUGUGCAACUUCUGCCUUUGAUCAUAUAUCUUACAUGUGCCCUUUGCUUUCCCUCGUCUGAUAUUUAUUAGGUUUAAUUUUACUGGGAUGCGGCUGUAAGUGAGACAGAUGGAACGGGGUCUGUGCGCCUGGUGAACACAUCUUAAUUAAACAGAUAAAUAAACUUUCAUUCCAGGAGACUUGAGUUUUGGAGGGGUUCCUCCAGGGCUGCAGCUCUGCAGGGCUGGGCAGCCCUGCCUGGGGGUCCUCAGGCCUGGGCACCAAAGGACUGCCCUGGUAGAGCCCUGGUGCUGGUGCCGUUGGCUGGGGCUGCAGCACGGCAUCAGUGCUGGGGCAGCUGGGAACAGCAGGGUGAAGGACGUCAGCUGGUGGUGGCCGGGGACGUGUUCCCCACGCUGGAGCAGGCCAGUGGGUUGGUACCGCCCUGUUGUGCUGGUGUCCCACAGGGGCUCCUGCUGCUGUGGGGGCAUCUCUGCCACCAGGUAGGUGUUGGUGAUGGCUGAAGGAAGGAGAGAGGAGACUUGAAGGCUCCUCAGCUCCCAGAGCCAUGCCCAGUUCCCCCACUGCCAAGCUGUUUAUCCUGCAGAAACACAGCCAGUGGUGCAGAGGGUCUACACCAGUGGGUUUGAGGCCAGGGUAUCAGCCCAGCACAUCACUCUGUGUGCUCUCCCUGCAGGACAGCCUGUGGCUGGAGCCAGCCUGGACCUUUCCGCGACGUGGGCUGCUGGCUCAGGGCAAUGCCAGGGCUCGUGGCGCUGCCCCCAGCCAGGAGCGCCUUUGAGUCACCCUGCCCGGAGCCAGGCUCUGGCGCAGGGAAGAACAGGCAGAUUACCUCAGCCUGGAGCCAGCCCUUGCCUCACGUGGUUGUCUUGGUUGGGCACUGCAAGCUCAGAGCAUCAGGCCAUGCCCUUCCCUUUUCACCUUUGCCUGAGAGCAGUGCAGGAACCGUGCUGGAGCCAGACCGGCCCAGGGCCUUUGGAGUUGCCCAUCACCUUGCCCAGGGCAUCCCUCGCCCUGUGCCAGGGUGAUGUGCAGUGCUCAGGUACAUGCAGGUGCCGGGUGGGGCCCCUCUCCCCACAGCUGUCUGAGGGGCUGUGGGAGGGCAUGCUUGUCACCCAGCCGCUGCAAAGCUGUCCCAUGUCCUGCCCUGGGCGCUGGAGCAUGCAGGAGAGUGCAGCACCAGGGCCACAGGAGUCCCUGGGGAACGGGAGCAGGAGGCGAGUGACGAGCGUGGGGUCUGAGCACUGAGGUGUGCAGGACAGGCUGCUGCAUCAGGGUCUGCUGUGGUCCCUUGGGAGUUGGAGGGCGCGUGGUUGUGGUGGGACACAGGAGCUCACUGCAGCCCACGCUCCUUGCAAGGAGCAGCAGCUGGAGGAUACUGUUGGUAGCAGAUGUCGCUGCCAGACUUUUUUCGGCUCUCAGUACCAUGGGGUGGUGGUGAUGAGAAACCCUUUUCCUGGUCUGGCAUCCCCCUCCCCCCCAAUUUGGCACCUUGUGGUCGCUUUAGAGCAUGGUCACCCCAGUAGCAGGACCCCACGCGGGAGGCUGGCACCCCCUCUGCCCCAGGUGCAGCUUCUUCAGGACAGCUUUUCCCAAAGCUGUUUGUUUCCGCCAGGUUUGCCCGGUGCCUCCAGGCCAGCCGUGCCACACACCGCUGCUGUUGUGUAUCUGCAGCAGAAACGGGAACCGCUGCGAGUGUACCAGGACACUGCAGCAUGUCGCUAUGUCUGGGGAUACUGUGGAAAAUCCCAGCCUCCAAAUAGGGUUGGUCGUGUGCUGGAGGCUCCGGCGGAGACGGAGCAUCAGCAGCUGCUGGCACAGACCUGCCUUUGUGCAUCACAUUUGGCCAAGAUGGAAACUGAACUGAGCCCAGGUUUUGUUUCCCACAUACCCAAGCACAAUGCCGUCCCGGCUACUUCAUUGCUGGCCACGGCUCUGAACUCAGGAGUGAUGCAGCGCUGGUGGUGUGGGGUGCUGGGGCAGGGACACCCGUGCCAGCCCUGAGCUGUGCAGUACCAGAGGGUGCUGGGGCUGCCGCGGGGCCACGUUAGGAGGAGGCGCAAGGUGGGACCAGGGAGCCAACAAGCACACAUGCGUGCCCGCACCAGUGUCCCUCAUGGGCACUGGCACAUAGGCUAUUGCCAUGGCAGCUGUGACAGAGGUGUGCAUGGUGUUGAUGCGUCAGGGAUGCUGGCAGCACCGGCAGGCCAGCCUGAAAUGCCAAAAAGCCUCUCAAGCUCUGCGGGUGCCAGCCCCCUGCCCAUUGCCCACGGAAGGUGCUCAGGGCAGGGUGUCCCCAGUGCUCCGAGGAAUGUGGGGAAGCCGAUGCCGGCAGGCAGGGCACCUCGGUGUCACCCGAGGGUGCCGGGCUCCCCGGGGGCUGGCAGGCAGGUGGGGGGGGAGGGUCGCAGGCUGCUGGGAGCAGGCCCUGCCUGGGGCUCACAUGCCUUUGCAUUUGUCAGGGCCGAGCUGCCGGCGCCCAGGGUGUGCAGGCGGGGCCGCGGCUGCCGCCAUGGCUCCUCUCGCAGGGGCAGCCGGCAAGCUGCCGGCCCUGCCCGCCGUGCCGUGAGCCCAUGGCGGCGCGGCGCGGGGCUACUGGUGCCGGUGCCGUGCGUGCUGCGGGGCUGCAGGCGUGAGCAGGUAUGUGCCUCUCUCCAGGGAGGCGGAGCUGGGUCUGCUGCAUGGCUCCCUGCCCGUCCCUGUCUGCGUGUGUGUCUCCCAAGGAGAGCGUGGUGCGUGUGCACGUGUCCGGCUGUGUGUGCGUGGGGGACUCCCGCGGCUGCCCAGCGUGGCGCGGCACUGCCAUUGCGGGGUCUGCGCGGCUGGAAGUGCCGGCUGCUCUGCACGCUUCCCGGGGCGCCCGUGUUGCAUCACCAGAACUCCCGGUAAGACCCUUCAUCCCUUGGGAGCCAGCACCGGGAAGGGAGACGGUUCUGCCCGCUCAGCCCGAUCCUGCCCGCCUGCUUCCCCAGCGCAGCAGAGUGUGGCCGGGGGCUGCGAGGGGCGGCGGGGAAGCCAUCUGCGAGCGGCGGCGGAGGGGUUAAGUGCGGGAUCAGCUGUUCUCAUGUCAUUACGGAUUCUCUUCGUUUUAUACAGAGCUCUGUUUGAUGUCUGAAUGCACAGGGGACUCCCCCUCCUCCUCCAACUCCCACCCCUUUUAUUUCGCUCCCGAGCCCUCUCUCCCUUCCUCCUCCCCUUCCUUUCUCUCUCCCCGCUCCCGCUCUGGCUCACACACACCCUUUGCAGACCGUGCGCUCAGUGCCAGUGUCUAAUGGCACCGAAGUGAACAGCCGAGCGCUGCUCCCGGGGCGCGGGCGCAGCCGGCCUGCCGCAGAUGCAUCCCUCCUAACUAGCGCCGAGGGGUCGGGAGGGACGGCCGAGCAGGGGAGAGCCCGAGGGGCGAGCCGGGAAGACGAGGAUAGCGGUGUGCGGAAGAGGACGGACCCGCGAGCAGCUUCACGGCUACCUGUCGACACAUGCUGUGCUCCAUGGCUAACUCGGGCUGCCUCCUUGUCUCCAACUCAGGCAUGCUUCCUCACUCUCUCCCCUGUCCUCCAGCCUUCCUCUACCUCCAACAGGGUAACCAGGACGCCACGGCUCCGCCAGACGCGAUGGCUCAGCCCUACCCCCCGGCCCAGUAUCCCCCACCCCCCCAGAAUGGGAUCCCCGCAGAGUAUGCGCCGCCGCACCCCCACCCCACGCAGGACUACUCGGGACAAAGCACAGUACCAGAGCACGCCAUGACCCUCUACACACCAGCACAGAGCCAUGCCGAGCAGCCGGGCACCGAUGCCAGCACACAGUCCAUAGCAGGGACACAGACGGUACCGCAGACAGAUGAGGCGGCACAGACAGACAGCCAGCAGCUACACUCCUCAGACAACACAGACAAGCAGCAGCCCAAGAGGUUACACGUCUCCAACAUCCCCUUCCGAUUCCGGGACCCUGACCUGCGGCAAAUGUUUGGGCAAUUUGGGAAGAUCCUGGAUGUGGAGAUCAUUUUCAAUGAGCGGGGCUCCAAGGGUUUUGGGUUUGUAACUUUUGAAACUAGCACAGAUGCCGACCGGGCACGGGAGAAGCUGAAUGGCACCAUCGUAGAGGGCCGGAAGAUUGAGGUGAACAACGCCACGGCCCGGGUCAUGACGAACAAGAAGGUUACCAACCCCUACACCAACGGCUGGAAGCUGAACCCGGUAGUGGGAGCGGUCUACGGCCCCGAGUUCUACGCAGUAACGGGGUUCCCGUACCCCACCACGGGUACAGCUGUAGCCUACCGAGGGGCACACUUACGGGGACGAGGACGCGCCGUCUACAACACCUUCCGAGCCGCGCCGCCGCCACCGCCCAUCCCCACCUACGGCGCGGUCGUCUACCAGGAUGGGUUCUAUGGAGCAGAGAUCUACGGGGGCUAUGCCGCCUACAGAUACGCCCAGCCGGCAGCAGCAGCGGCAGCAUACAGUGACAGUUAUGGCAGAGUGUAUGCAGCGGCAGACCCAUACCACCACACCAUCGGCCCUGCUGCCACAUACAGCAUCGGCACCAUGGCUAGUCUAUACCGAGGAGGGUACAGCCGCUUCACUCCCUACUAGCAAGACAGACACAGCCCCUCCCACCACUAACACUGACUGCUCACUAGCACCAAACCAAACCAGGCAGACAGAGCCGAGGCCGAGCCUCUGGAGGAACCGCGGGCCCUGCCCGGGCGGGCUGGGGCUGGGGCUCAGGCUGGGCUCCGCCGAGCUGCGGCAGCCCACACCCGUAGGGUUACCUCAAGCUGCUCCGUCCCGCCGCCCGCCCGCGUCUCCUGCACCGUCCGCCUGCCCCGGCGCAGCCCUGCGCCUCGGUGCUGCCGAGCAUCCCUGGGGGACCGUGGGGAGCAGGGCUCAGCCCCAGUGGCACCCUGUUCCCAGAACUGGGUCACGGGGUCCUAGCGCAGCUCCACAGCGGGCACUGCCCUUGCUGGGGGUGCAGGGGGCUCGACCCCCUGCGAGGCAGGAGGGGGGUGCUCUGCCCGCAGGCACGGUGCCGACGGUAGCCCCGGAGCAGCCCCUCUGCCCUCCCAUAGGAGAGAGAGGAGCCAGCGGGGGCUGCUGUGAGCUCUGGGGAUGGAGCUGGGCUGGGGGUGUGUGCAGGAGCCCGGGGCCAGCCCCCCUGGCAGUAGCGCUUCUCAGGGCUGACUGCGUUGCUUGGCGGAGGAGCUCUGGUGCGGAUGGCAUGGGGCGCAGUGUGGGGCUCGGGGGGCUGGGGUGACACCUGUGUAUCCCCUGGCCCACGGCUUGGCCAGGCUGCCCCGCAUGCUGUGCCAGUGAAAGACCUGCCUCUUUGUUUCUGUUGUAGUGAAACCGUGGCCGUUUCCUUCUGGGACCAGGAAGGGCAAAAAAAUACACACACACACACACAAAAAAAAAAUAAAAAAAUCAAAAGCAAAGCAACAAAAAAAAAAAAAAAAAAAAAAGCAAAGCGGCAACAGCCAAGUGAAAGUCCCAUACUGUCCACACACGCACCGAGUGAGCGAGUCCCGGAGGAGCGCCGUGGCAAGCACGGACCGGCCGGACGCGCCAAGAGGAGCCCCUCUCCGCCCCGGCCCCGCAGCCCGUGGCAGGGAGGGAGAGCCGGCAUGCCGCCGAGCGUGGGGGCGUCCGGAGGGGCCUCCGCCUGCCCAGGACCUGGGCACCACGUCUUCCUUUCAGCCCCGGCGCGGCAGCGCUGGGGGUGCCGGCAGAGCGCUGCGGCACGCCGCCCCCUCCCCAGCUCUGAGGGCUGGGCACCGGGGUGGGAACCUGGCUUCGUGUUUGCUGAGCUCCGGCGCUUGCCGGUCAUCAGCGCAUCAAGUGUGCGAGGCCCCGGCUCUGUGGAGCCGGGGUGGCGGCGCAGCCGCUUUGCUGAGGCGCUGGGCGUUGCAGGGGGAUGAGCCUCUGCCUUUUAAAGGGAAUUUUUGUUAAGAGGAGCUUGCAACUCGCUUGCAAUCCCUUUCCCCUCCCUCCUCUCCAUCCCCUGACACACCCGGGGCUCCCACCCCGCAGGGAGCAGCCCUGACCAACGCUGCUUGCGGUCCCCUGCACUGAGCUGGAACGGGGACUGCCCCGAUCCUGCUCCUGCUCCUACCUGCUCCACGGCGCAGGACAUGCUCACGGCCACCCGUCCCUGCCCGAGACAGCGGGACCCCACCAGCCCUUGGCGCACCCUUGGCGCUGUGGUCUCAGCCAUUGCAUCGCCCAGGACUGGGGGCUGGCAUCGCCUGCAGGGACCAGCCCGAGCCCCGGGGUCGGUCUUCAGCAGCCGGCAUGCCGGCACAGCCCUGUCCCGCAGGGUCGCCUCGCGUUCAGCCCCCUGCCCCGCGUGGCUCCGCCACUCCUCAAACCUCACUUUAUAGUCUGCAGAUGCCCCCGAUGCUCCAGCAAUGAGCUCCCCCUUUUCUAUUCCCGGUGUACAUAGCCCCGGCCACCCCAGCCCCGCACCCCUGCCCCUGUACAAAGCUCCUUCCAUCGCUGUACUGGCUUCUUCCUUACAGCACCCCCCCUGCGCCGGCUGCUGGCGCGCAGGCUGGCACUGGCCCAUCCUGUAUGCUUCAAAAGGUGUGACCAUUCUAAUAAACAGUAUUAUUAUUAUUAU